GCCAAGGAAGAGACCAGAGGAAGCUGUGGGAAAAUGCCAUGGCUAGACUUGAGGCAACUAGGCAUACCACAUCAUCAACCCAGAAUGUGUAUGCAGGCAACCCAGUCCAUGCCACAAGAUCAUCAAACAUGACUGAAACAGACAACUAAGGGGGUAAGAGUGGCAGAAUAAAACCAGAACAAUGUACGAGGUGGGGGCAGCCAUGAGGAGGGGAGAUGGGACAACAUCAAGACGGUUCUGGAGCAAGUGGUGCCACAAUGGCUUCUCUUUCUGGUGUAAGAAGUACUUUUGGGAAGGUCAGCUGAAACAAGGGGCAGUAGAUGAAGGCAACGAAAACGUCACCAAUACCAGGGGCCCCUUAAGCGGUUUGUCACCAUCGAAGCGUAAACUUGUGGGACUGUUGAUUCCUGCUGCCUUCUUCCACUUCUGGUACUGGUCCAUCAUGACCUACAGGAACCUCUUCUAUGUUUAUGAGACCAAGUAUCCCAUGUCCAUCACUAUGGUCUUUGGUUCCAUCAUUGCUGGAAUGACGAGCGUUGGCGGAGGUGCAAUAGCAUUUCCAGUGAUGACAUUAGUGAUGAAGGAGCCUCCAGAGAUCGCCCGCGACCUGGCCAUGUCACUACAAGCUAAUGGAAUGACAGCUGCAUCAUUCUCGAUAUUUUUUAUGAAGGUUCAUAUAGAAAGACACGCCUUAUUGUUUAGUUUGCUUGGAUCUUCUAUUGGUGUCAUAUUUGGUCUGGAGGUGAUAGAUCCUUUGCUAACACCACCCAUGAAAAAGAUGGGGUUUGUCAGCAUUUUCUUUGCUUUUUCAUUUGCAUUGUUUCUGAUCAAUUGGAAUCACAAAAGAACAACAUUCAAUAAUAUUCCAGAAUUAAAUUGGUGGAAAAGAUUACUACUUUUUAUAUUUGGGUUUAUUGGUGGAAUAUUCACCUCCUUUUCUGGUAGUGGGGCUGAUAUCUGCAUGUUUAGUCUCCUCACUCUUUUCUUUAAGGUUUCAGAGAAAGUAUCGACCCCUACUUCUGUAGUUCUGAUGGCCAUGACGUCAAUGGUGUGUUGGUGGUGGAGGACUCUCGUGACAGGGGCGAUGCCUCAAGAAAGUUGGGAAUAUCUACUUGUUGUUGUCCCUAUUGUUACAAUAGGAGCUCCAUUUGGUGCUCUUAUAGGCACACAUUUCCAUCGAUUAGUGUUGGCCGCUUGUGUUUACAUCCUUAACACUAUGUCUUUAGUUUCUGCCUUUGUUAUAGUGCCUCAAACACCUGUACUUGUUGGGGGUUCAAUCGGUCUUAUGGUGGCCAUGUUUAUUAUCUAUUCUGUCAUAUACAAACUUGGUGAUCGCAUGAAUAUGAAAUACGAGAAGGCGAGUAUAAAAGCAAAAGAGGAAGCAAAGAUGAAAGCUGAUUCAGCCAAUAGUCUUACACAAAAUGAUGUACCAGAUCACACUAGAGAUAACCCAGCAUAUAUAGGCAGUACAGAAUAUAUUUCAAGAAUGUAAAUUUGAGGGUUUAAAUAGUUUUUGUUCUUGAUCUAGGAAACUACACAUGGCCAAAAAAAAGCUUCGAUGUAAAUAAAAUGGGUUUCCAUCUGAACAAAAGAAGUUUCCGCGGGGUCAAGAAGAGGCUUCCAUAUAAAAUGAAUGGGAAACCAAAUGGCCAAGUGGGUUUCAACGUAGCCAGUAUUAGGUAAACAAAUGCUAGAUGGCAUAUACUGUAGGUUAUACACGUGAUAUUACGCUUUCACUAAAUCUUACGGAUAGUGGGUGUGAGUUGUAUUCAUUCUCAUGCAAUUAGAAUACUGUAGUUAAACAUCAUUAAUUCAUUAUAGUAGAUUUGUACCCGUAGAUUGUAAUGAACAUACCAAAUUAUGUCCUAGACUGUUAUGAAACGUGUUGUAAGUCAUCCUUGUAAGUUUAUAUUCAGAUUUGUACAGUAGGUUGGAUACAAUAAAGAUACUUUUAAA